AGAAAACAGUGAACAAGCCAAGACCAAGCAUCAUUUCAAUUAAAACUAUAUAAAAAAAGCCCCAAUCAGUAUCUUCCAGUAUAAAAUCCAAGAACCUCAAUUCCUCUCUUUGAAAGUGUAUGGUUUAAACGUAUACCCAGAUUUUAAUUUUGUUGAUUUGGGUUUAACUUGAAGAGAGAAAAGAAAUCUUUUCAAUGGGGAGUUUAGGAGCUCUUGUGAAACACCCAGAUGAUUUUUAUCCAUUGUUGAAGCUGAAAAUGGCUUCAAGGCAUGCCGAGAGACAGAUCCCAUCAGAGCCUCACUGGGCUUUUUGUUUCUCUAUGCUUCACAAAGUAUCUCGUAGUUUCGCUCUCGUUAUUCAACAGCUCGACACCGAGCUUAAAAACGCCGUCUGCAUAUUUUAUUUGGUUCUUCGAGCUCUUGAUACUGUUGAGGAUGACACUAGUGUUGCAACAGAUAUCAAAGUUCCUAUCCUUAAAGAAUUUUAUCGCCAUAUAUAUGAUCGUGAUUGGCACUUUUCUUGUGGUACGAAGAACUACAAAGUUCUUAUGGAUGAGUUUCAUCAUGUAUCUACUGCUUUUUUGGAACUCGAAAAAGGUUAUCAGGAGGCAAUUGAGGAUAUUACGAAAAGAAUGGGUGCAGGAAUGGCAAAAUUUAUUUGCAAAGAGGUUGAAACAGUCGGUGAUUAUGAUGAAUAUUGUCACUAUGUAGCAGGACUCGUGGGGUUAGGUCUUUCCAAACUUUUCCAUACAUGCGGUACAGAAGAUUUGGCUCCUGAUACUCUCUCCAAUUCAAUGGGUUUAUUUCUUCAGAAAACAAAUAUAAUCCGAGAUUAUCUCGAGGAUAUCAAUGAGAUACCAAAGUCACGUAUGUUUUGGCCUCGUCAAAUUUGGGGUAAAUAUGUCAACAAACUUGAGGACUUGAAAUACGAGGAAAACUCAGUCAAGGCAGUGCAGUGCUUGAAUGACAUGGUCACUAAUGCUUUAAUACAUGUGGAUGAUUGCCUAAAAUACAUGUCUGCUUUACGUGAUCCUGCAAUCUUUCGAUUUUGUGCUAUCCCUCAGGUCAUGGCUAUCGGAACACUAGCCUUAUGCUACAACAACAUCGAAGUCUUCAGAGGCGUAGUGAAAAUGAGGCGUGGUCUCACUGCGAAAGUCAUUGACCGAACCAACACGAUGGCUGAUGUCUAUGGUGCUUUCUAUGAUUUUUCUUGUAUGUUGAAAGCUAAGGUCGACAAAAACGAUCCUUGUGCACAAAAAACAUCGAGCAGACUUGAUUCGAUCCUCAAGACUUGCAGGGACUCAGGGGUCCUGAAUGAAAGGAAAUCUUACAUAAUUCCAAAUCAGACCAAUUACACUCCACUUCUGGCUGUCUUGCUUUUCAUUUUACUGGCCAUUACUUUGGCUAAUCGAGGCCCCAAUGGGCCAAAUUAACUAGACCAUGCUUUAAUUAAUAAUAAAUAAAAUAAUAAAUUUCUACGAUAUGGGAUAUGUGGUAGCAUUCUAAUCUAGCUUGUAAAAGUUUUUUCUUUUUUUCUAAAAAUUAAAUAAUAUAAAACAUCAUUAUCGGUGUAUUAGAAAAUGAAGUCUUGUUGAGUGAAGUUUACUAAUAAAAUGGUAUAACGCUACCGUUUUGAUUGUGCAUGUAAUAUGGUUGAGCAAGAAAAUUGAAAACAACAUUAGCUUCAACCCUAA